UAUUAAAAUGACAUACAUACAAACAUACAAAUCAAUCAAAAGCAAUAACGAGCAUCAUGGGGUGAACUGACAAAAAAUGAGAAGCCAAAGGACAGUUCGCGCUAACGACUGAAGCUGACCGGUGGUAUUGAUUAAUACUCCCAAGUUUUACCUUUAAACAUUAAACUAAAGUUAAAUAAAUAUCUAAUUAGAACUAAUCUAUACUAAACUAAACGACUUAAGCUAAAUAAAUGGCUAAAACUAGUACUAAAUGUUAACCUAAUUGAAAUUAAACUAUCUUAAAUUAAACUAUAUUCUAUAAACCACCAAAAAUACGUGUUUUAUUAAUUAAAACCUACAAAGUGGGGGCUCAACCGAUUGAAAACCGAGAAAACUGAGUGCGCGUUUGAAGGCGUAAAAGUUUUAGCCAAAAACUUAAAAGAAAAACUAAUGUGCAAAGUGAAAUCUCUAAUUUGAAUAAAAAUAAUUUUCAAAAGAGGUGCAAACCCAUUACAAAAACAAAAAGAAAAGCAAAAAAUCGUGUAAUUUGACAAAAAUACAUUUCAAAAGAGGUGUAAAACCCAUAGCAGCAACAAAUCGGUGUAAAUUGAUCACAUAGGUUCUUGAACCAAACUGUACCAAAAAAUCAAAGCCAUCAGGUGUCCAGAAAUCUAUAUAAGUAGGCGUCGGUACAAGUGCAUCAAAUUGUGUUGUUGCGUAGUUGACUUAGCAUUUGCGGAAGCAUUAGUACAGUCAGUGUAUACAUAUAUACAUACAAACGACGUUGUGAACAAGAAAUCAAAGCCAUCAGGUGUCCAGGAAGCUUAGUAGGCUGGUUGAGUGGCGUCGGUACAAGUGUAUCAAAUUGUGUUGUUGCGCAGUGAACUUGGCGUUUCAGUAGCGUCAGUACAGUGUUUGUACAUAUCUACAAACAGACAAGCGUUGUGAUGAUACAAACAGACAUAUGUACAUAAGUGAAGCGUAAGCAAGUGUUGGUGGACAGAACAGUGUAGUAACACAUAUACAUAAGUGUAUUUACAUAACGACGCUAGAAACUGUCGUUUUACAUUAAAGCUGAAGAAAUAUUAAUGGUACGAAUAGUACAUAGCGAGAGUAAUAGAGAUCGCAAUACAACAAAGUAAAACUCACAAAACGUUUGAAAUAUAGGUAAAUUGAAGAAGCAACAGUUCAGUAAAUGCAGCAAUAGAAAAGCAGCGCAGCGGCAAGGCAAUAGAAGCAGAAGUCAUCGAAAGCAGCGAUUACUGAAGACAAAGUACCCAGCAGGAAAAAGAUAAGUUAAGAAGAGAAAUUUGUGUUAAAUCAACUUUGCUUGUUGUUUGCGUAUUUUGUUGUACGUUCAAUAGUAAAUAGUAAAGUAUAUUGCAUUUAAAUAAACAAACUACUAAAGAUAUUGGUAAAAACCGAAGAAAAUAAUAAGAAUUUGUGAAAUUAAAAACAACUAAUUUUUCAAGAUUAAAAGCAGAUUGCGUUUAUAAACGUGUACAAAUUUCGUUCGAAUUUUCAUAAACAACUUCAUUCAUUGAAAAACUAGAAUCUGAAAACUGGUUAUUAAUUUAAAAUCUGUAAAAAGUAGAGAUAAUUUUCAAAGGAAAAUUUAAAACUUGGAUAUAUGUAAUUAUAUUUUACAAUAAUUUUGAAUCAAAAAUUAUAUUUUAAAAGUAGUAAUAUAUAUAUUUUAAAUUGAAUAUCGAUAAAAAUUUUCAAAAUGGAUGCUCAAGCAAUAUUAAAUAUGACUGUAGUGUUAUUAAAGACGAAACUUGGGGAGUUAGAUUUACCACUGGACGGACGGAAGAAGGAUCUGAGGGAAAGACUUCUCAGACAUUAUGGGUUACUGAACGAUGAGGAAGAAGAUAAAGAAGAGGAAGAAAAUGAUUUUGAGUCGGUGUCAUCACGGGGGGAAGCGGUUGUUGUCAGCCCUAGGCUAGUCGCAGGUCCCCAUUUUACUUUUAAAGAUAUUCAAGACAGCUUGGCUUUAUUUAAUGGAACAGACAAUUUUGAUGUUAACCAGUUGGGUGGAGCAAUUCGAGGAGAGCGCAGAAACUGUAGGGUGGACCGAGGUUCACAAGUUCAUUUACGCUAAACAGCUGUUGAGAGGGGCAGCGAAGUCGUUCGUUAGAAGUCAAGUAGGUCUGAAAGACUGGAAUAAGUUGAAAGCGGCUCUCAUUGCAGAAUUCGGGGUCAGCUUAUGUUCAGCAGAGGUGCACAGAAUAUUGAGAAAUCGACAAAAGAAGUAUAGUGAGACAUUCUUAGAGUUUUUGUAUGCGUUGAUGGAAAUCGGGAAAAAGAUUCAUUUAGAUGAGGCAAGUCUGUUAGAUUACUUUGUGGCAGGGAUACCGGACACCAGGUUCAACAAAACCGUCUUAUAUCAAGCCAAAAGUAUCAAAGAGCUAAAAGAACAGAUAAAAAUUUACGAAAAGAUUUCGACGAAACCGAAAUCUACCGCGUUAGAUUUUAAGCCGAAAAGUGAAAAGGUGGAUAAAGAUAAAGCGCAAGCAGGCGAAAGGAAAUGUUUUAAAUGUGGAGAUGCGUCUCACGUAGCUAAGGACUGUACAUUGAAGGACCAACAGGUCAAGUGCUUCAAAUGUAGUAAGAUGGGACACAAGUCUUAUAAGUGUCCAGGAGAGAAUGUUAAGGUGAAGUCAGAAAAGACGAAUUUGAACACGGUAAAGGAGAUUAAAUGGAAACCUUCGAGAGCAGAUAGGGAUUUAAGAUUCAAGAAGUUAAAGGUGGGUAAUACCAUUUUCCCAGCUUUACUUGAUACGGGAAGCGGUUUAUGCUUAAUACGGCAAUCGACGGUAAACGAGUUAGAUUUUGGGUUAAGGAUUAACGGAGAUAAGCGUAGAUUAGAAGGGAUAGGUCAUCGGGAGAUAUGUACCUCAGGAAGCUUUAACGCGAAGGCGUUGGUGGACGACGUGGAGAUAGGGAUAACGUUUCAUAUUAUUAAAGAUGCAGACAUGGAUUAUCCAGCUAUUUUGGGUCGUUCGAUACUAAGUCAAGUGGAUUUGAUAAUCCGAGAAGAUGGUGAUGUACUCACGUACAAACAAAAGGAAGGCAAGGAAACGAGGGUUUCAGAGAGUAGCAUACUGGAGUUGAGGGAAGAAUUUCCAGGACUGUGUCUACAGGUUGAGGAGGUAGAAGGUUCACAACACGACCUAGCUCACCUCAGUAAAGGUGAUUCGGCUGCUAUUGACGAACUUGUUAGGCAGUAUGUACCGUUGAAGUGUGUAGAAUCUCAAGUUGAGAUGAAGAUUGUACUAACCGACGAUUUGCCGGUUUAUCAACGUCCUAGGAGAACGUCCUACGAGGACCAAAAAUUUAUCGAAAAACAGAUUAAAACGUGGUUAGAUGAGGGUAUAAUUACUACGAGUAAUUCGAACUAUGCUUCUCCAAUUUUGCUGUCCAUUGUGAAGCAACCGAAAAUUCUUGAUUGUUUGAAAAAUAUUUUCCCACCAAUCACCGAAGCAAAAUUGAAGGAAGGUGUUCUGAAUGGGCCGGAUAUACGAAAGCUCAUGAAAUCAAAAGAACUUAAAGGUGCUUUAGACGGUAAUGAUUAG